AAAAGAAUGUCAUAGAUAGUCCCAAAGUUGUCUUUUGGAGUCCCGCAAGACGUCAAGAAGAAAAAAGGCUUGGAAAACAAAGGUUUGAUUCAUCAUGUCCAUCAAGUUGUACGAAGGAAGUGGUUUGAGCAUGGAGUUUUCAAAUUCAGAGAAGGACCUGAAAAAGGAUGGUGUUUCCUUCGUAAAAGCCGAUGUUAGUUCGGGAACCUGGAUCUUCUACACCCACGCAAACAACAAUGACAAAGAAGCUGGUGCUGGCCCAUCUAACUACAAGGUUGUCGGGCCUGGAGCAGAUAUAAACAUCUCAGGUGUGAAUGGCUCCAUGUUCCUCGUUCCGGACCAAGUGGAAGGAAUCCUUCUGUUCGAGCAUAGCUUCUACGGUGGAACCAACAAGUGGUUUGAAGAAAGUUGCGCAAAUGUGAACCCCUAUUUCCAGAGCGGGAAAGGUGAAGGAGUCUCCUCUGCCAUCGUGUUAUCAAAGAACCAGAAGUUUGCCAUCUUCACCAAACCCAACUAUCAGGGCUUACAACAGCAACUGGAGCCAGACACGCGCUAUGCAACUCCAGACGCCAUGAAAUUCCCCAACGACCGAUUGCAGAGCCUCCGCAAGAAAUGAGAUAACCAAUCUGACCUGGCUCUUCGCUUGCAUUUCAUACCAGCUUUUUUCUUUUCUUUUCGUGUUUUGUUUUGUUCAUUUGUUUUUUAGUUUUUGGCCUUAUUAUUAUCUUUUGAUUGAUGAAAAGUUAGCAAAAUAAGAUUUUGUCAAUUCAGCUCAGCACUUUAAGUCAUUAGAGAUGAG